CCAGCCGUUUGGUUUAUCUCCCCAGGCAAGCCAACGGGCAGCGGCCGCCCCACCCCACUUCACCCGUCUCGCCCUGCUUCCGCGCCGUAUUCUCUCUUCUCUCCUACCCACAAACAAACCCGAACUGAACACUGCUUAGCAGCUAGUAUUCUAUUUCUCUUAAUCCCGUCGUCUCGUCCAGCGAAAAGAGGAGGAAAAAAACACACGGAACCGCAGGCAAACCCUCGCUUUCUCCGAUCGAAUUGCUCGUCCCCGUGCAACCACCACCGGUUCGGCCGCUCCCCACCACCAGUCCUCCCCGCCCCCGCCCGCCGGACGAUCUACUAGGCCUCUCGCCCCGCGCGUGCCGAUUUCCCCCACCUCGAGCGCCGCCCUCCUCCCGCGCCCAUGGCGAGCACCUGAGGAUACGGUCAGUGGGCUGUUUCUCUGCGAGAGUCCCACGAGUCCCCACAGAAACAGCCCGGGGGCAUCAGCGAUCGAUUCGGAACGCCUUGGUUCGGUCUGAUUGCCGGAUUGGUGGUUUCGUCUCGGCCUCGGCUUCCUCAACUAUCUAGCUUGGAAGCCAAGUCUGGGCUUGCUUCGUGUGGAUUGCAUCUGGGGAGGCGGUAGCGUGCACGGGUGUGAUUCUCGGACCGGCUUCAUGCGGGACGGCGCGCCGGCUCCUCGCGCCGGCGGGGGCUUCUUCUCGGCGCGGUCGCUCUCCAACUGCAUGAGGAUCGUGUCGUCGGGGGCGUCCACGGCCGCCUCCACGCUGCGCUCGGCCGGGGCAUCGCUGGUCAACUCGAUGGCCAGCCACGAGGAGGAUGCAAGUCGUGACCAGGUACAGUGGGCUGGCUUUGAUAAACUUGAAUGUGGGGGUGGCUUGCUACGGCAAGUUUUGUUGCUGGCUUAUAAAUCUGGUUUCCAAGUGUGGGAUGUGGAACAUGCUGAUGAUGUAAGACAGCUAGAAUCCAGACACGAUGGUGCUGUUUCGUUUAUUCAAGUGCUGAAGGAUCCAAUUUUCACAACAGAAUCUGGAGACAGAUUUGCAGACACACGACCAUUGCUAGCUCUUGCCUGUGAAGGAACUCACACAGGAAGUGGAAAGAACCAUGAUACUAAUGUUCCUGUUUUUGAUGGAACCAAUGGUGCUUUCCAUAGUAUAGGCGGUGAAAACCUUCCUACUGUCUUACUAUUUUAUUCACUGAGAACCCAUGAAUAUGUGCAUACAUUGAGGUUCAGAUCAGCUGUUUAUUCCAUAAGGUGCAGUCCGAGAGUCGUAGCUAUUUCACAGGCUACUCAGAUACAUUGUUUUGAUGCCGCGACCAUGGAGAGAGAAUAUACUGUUCUUACCAGUCCUACGGUUGCACAAGUUUCAGGCUAUGGCCCACUUGGAUUGGGUCCUAGAUGGAUUGCAUAUUCUGGGAAUCCAGUUCCGGUUCCAGAUACUGGACGUGUUAGCCCACAGCUUCUUAGUCUAUCUCCCUCUGUUCCACCUCCUGGUUCAAAUGGUAGUGUGGUGGCAUAUUAUGCAAAAGAAUCAAGCAAGCAACUGGCAGCUGGCAUUGCAACACUUGGUGAGGUUGGAUAUAAUAAGCUGUCCAAGUACUAUGCAGAUUUCAUUCCAAAUGGUAAUGGUACCAUAAAGCAAAGAAGUUCUGUUUACAAAGCAAAUGGUGUAACAAAUGGCCACCUCAUUGACAGUGAAUAUGCUGGAACGGUCAUAGUUCGAGAUAUUGUCUCUAAAUUAUUGAUAGUUCAGUUCAGGGCACACACUAGUCCCAUUUCUGCACUUUGCUUUGAUCCAAGUGGAACUUUGCUGGUGACAGCAUCUGUUCAUGGUCAAAACAUGAAUGUUUUCCGCAUUAUACCUCCACAUGGGACAUCAGAAGCUGGUCAAAUUGGAACCUAUGUUCAUCUGUACAAACUGCAAAGAGGCAUAACCAAUGCGAUCAUAAAAGACAUCAGCUUUAGUGAUGAUAGUGACUGGAUAAUGAUUAGCUCUUCAAGAGGAACUAGCCAUUUGUUUUCAAUCUCUCCAUAUUGUGGAUCAACAAGAUUCCGUUACAGUGAUAACAACCCUGUAGAAAAUGAUUACACAGUGGAUUCAUCAGUUAAUCAUACUGCUCAUUGGUCCCAAAAUUCAGCAACCUCUUUGAGUCUGAGUCAGAAGACUCUCUUCGUAUCUGGACCCCCUGUCACAUUGUCUGUUGUUAGUAGGAUAAGAAAUGGGAGUAACGUGUUUAAGGGUGCUGUCCAUGGUGCUGCUGCAUUUGCAACUGGUGCUUCCACUCCAAUUUCUGGUGCGAUUGCUUCAACUUUUCACAACCGCAUGGCUGGUGACAUCGAUUCAGAUGGCAGUUUGCGCAUGAAGUAUUAUUUACUAGUAUUUUCUCCAUCAGGAAGCAUCAUACAGUAUGCUCUCCAUCUCUCAGCUGAACAGGAUUCUGGAUUGGAUUUCCGGACAAGCCCCAUUUCUUAUGGGCCAGAGAGAGAAACUGAUACAAAAUUUGUUAUUGAAGCUCUUCAGAAGUGGGAUGUUUGUUAUAAAAGAAAUAGAAGAGACAGUGCUGAGAGUUUUGCAUAUAGUGAUUUUGAGAAUGGAGAAAAUAAUAAACUUUUGCUGAAAGCUAUGUGGAAAGGGACUAGUAUCUACCCAUUUGACUGUUCUGUUGAAAGGCAAAAGCUCAGUGCUGAUGAAAACCGUAAUCUCUAUAUUUCUCAGAGUGAGUUGCAGACUCAUGUUGUGCAAACUCCACUCUGGUCUAAAUCCAGGAUACACUUUCAAGUUAUGGAGGGUGAAACUUUAGAAGCAGACAAUGCUGAUGUAAUUUCAGGGGAAGUUGAAGUAGAAAAAGUCCAGACCCACAACAUAGAAUCAAGGUCAAAGAAUCUCAUACCAGUCUUCGACUCCCUCCAUACAUCAAGGUUUCAACAGACAAGGUUGAACGCUCCUGAUAACAGCAGGUGCGGGCUGCUGCAGCGACAGAAAUCUGGGAUUUCAGAAGAUGGUAGACUCUCUCGCAGAAGCAGCUGUAGUUCUUUGGACUGCAUGUCUGAAGGGCCCAAAAGCUCUGAUGACGGUGCUUUCAGUAAAUAUGUAGUAGAUGAUAACAGUUCUGCUGUAAUUAACAACCCAAGUGUUAAAUUUCAUGCCGAGCUUGUAAAUAAUACUGGGAGCCUCAAGUCAGAGGCCCAGCUCGGAUUUGUAAAUAGCGAGGAGGAUGGUGGAGGUGGAGAGCAACUCCCAGACUUGUGAUGUUGACUAUGUCAAGAUGGUCGAUGGUGAUGGAGGAGCCUCUUUAAUCGCUGAAGUCUUCAUUGUGCGUGUGUAGCUGAAUUCUUUCAUUUCUCCAUCCUGAGUUCUUUACCUCUCUUCUAUCUAUAGUUCUAUUCAUAGGCAUUCAUGAAAAUUUUACCGAGAGAAAAGAUAGGAAGGGAGGUUUAAUUCUGGCCCUAUGGGUGUGGAAGCUUUGGUGAUGUUAGUUCGAUAUCUUACAAGUUGUAAAUAACAUGCAAUAAUAGCACGUAAUUUGUGAAUAUUUAAAUCAUAAUGUGUCCAACUGAGGUACGAGACAUCUUCCACCA